GCGCAUGCGUGAACGCUGGGGGUUCCCAGCAACAUGACGAUUUACUAAAAAAAUAACAACACGCGAAGUUGUCCGAUAGUCAUGUGCCAGGAAUCCCCUCGAUAGUGCGUAACGCCUCAUACAAUUAAGUGCCUAAAAUGAAAUGAAUUGAACUGUGUUUAUCAAUAAUAAAAAAAUGGCCACAUCAAACCAUGUUGUGGAUAAAAACAAAAUUCCGUCAAUCUACUUGGGAAAUAGAAAGAUCACGGUGCUUAAAAGUGAUAGCAAUUUGCUACAGAGUUUCAAGAACCAGCAAAUUUAUAGAGAAGACUUAAUUUACGAGUCAAAGUCCGGGGACUUUUUGAAUUCGUCAGAAAAUAUUUGCAUUGUAAAUCGUCAUAAUUUGACGUCGAAUUUUCGUCAGACUUUGGUUAGGAAAGCUGGCGGGAGUGAGGUGCUGAAAACUUCAGAUGACAUCGUAAGACUUAUUGGCCAACAGAAUUAUGAUUUAGUAUUUUCCGCUAUCAGUUCAGUGUUCAGUUUAGAGUUGAAAGUGCGUGGGAUUCUUGCCUUGUUGACUGCUAGAAGAUUUAACGAUAUAUGUGUCCAAACAAACGAAACAAAAAACAUCAAAACGUGUGUGGACGUGGAGUGUCAAACCAAUGAGAACUGUAUGGACUUGUUCUUUAAGAAGAACAAACGAAAAAGAAUCAAACGGCAAACGUUAACUCCAUAUGUUGUGAAAGAUGAUAAGCCUCCGUCUAAAACUGUGAAAAAAAUUGUGAUUCAGCCCGAUGAAUUCUGUGAAUUUCAAAAGCCUGACGCAAGUGAAGGGGGAAGUACCUUACCCGUUUUGGUUUUGCACGAUGAGGACUCUAACACAAGUAUUGGUAACAUGUCAUCAUUAUCGGCUAAUACCAUUCCGUUGUUGCUAGAAAACCCUACCGCAAUACUUGAUAAUAUUCCAAUGCGUACAGAGCCUGAUGCAGAGCAGACGUCUACUGAUCACUGUCCAACAACUUUAACGAUGCUGGACGGUACAUUUGUGACAUUGUCCGUUAAACCUGAGGACGAUUUGCAUAUUGCUACGUCGGAUAUUUUAAAUAAUGUUAAUCCAGAACAACGUUGCAAGUUGAAAUUGUUGCAAGCGUUUUACGAUUGGAAAUAUUGUUUGGAGAAAGAUGAAGAUGGGAAUUUACCGAUACACAUCGCUGUGAACAAUGACGACAUGGAACUGCUGAGGAGACAGUGCCUCGUGCUCACUAUGAGGAAGGAGUCCGUCGACAUUGAGGCUGGGGAUCGGACGGCCCUACAAAUGUCACUCUACCAAAAAGACGCGGCCGCAACGGAACUGCUCCUCAAAUACGGCGCUGAUCCGCUGAAGACUGACGCCGAGAAUCGAACCUGCGUCCACUUGGCAGCGGAAGAGGGCACUGAACAUCUGAGGGCUAUCAUCAAACAUUGCCGUGACGAGCCUUUAUCGAUAUUAAGAGAAAACGAAGAGUUGUGCAACCCGGGAAUCGAAUCUAUGACCAAGGAGGAACAGGCGGACCAUCUUCUUGACAAGAUCUGCAGAAUGACAGAUAAUCAAGGUUACACCCCAUUAAUGUUGGCGAGCAAGCUGGGCUUGUACGAGAACGUUGCCGCCUUACUUGACGCCGCUCCGAAGACGGUCAACUUGCAAAUGCCCAACAGUGGAAACACAGCCUUAUAUGUAGCUGUCAGCGCGGCCUGCAUGGACGCUUCGGAUCGAGGCAACCUGCAGAAAGUCGCCGAUAAAUAUUUAAAAAUUGUUGGAAAACUCGUCGAAAACGGAGCGGAUCCAAGUUUAGACAAUCACGCGGGACAUAAUGUCAAUAUACUGCUCACAGAAUUUAACGUGGGCGAUCUGUCACAAGUUAUAGCCAACAAAAUGACAGCUAUCAACUGUUACAACUUCAAAGUUGAUAGCAAAAAGGAAUUAAAUAAUCUUAUGCUCGUUAAAGAUAAACAAGGCGCUAUUAAAGUGGAGGAAAUAAGAAAUAAACCGAUUAUACUGGAAAAUGUGCGCGUUGACACAAAGAUUGAUAACAAAAAACUGGUCGUCAGUAAAAUAGUGCCGCCGCCCGUCGCUAACUGUUUCGUGGGCACGUUUAGGAAUUUCAUAAAAAAUGACAGUGUCAAAGCGUCGACGGUCAGUAAAAUAGAUUUGACCAAGAAAUCUAUGGUUGUUAUAAAAGAUAAUUACAGAGUUAGGAAAAGGAAAGUCAUAACAGACGCGGCUCCAGCUAAAAUCUCGAAGGUUAAAACUGAAUCGGACGGCGAUGAAGCGUCGGGUAGUAAAAAUAAAUAACAAUUUUUUUUUUAGGUAAUGAAGUCACAGAACAGAUAUUUAGGUCCAGUCCAUGGUUUAGUGAAAGAAAUAAUAUCGAUAGAAUUAUCGAUAAUUUCAAUAAUGUCAAUACUAUUAAAAGUUUUGCAGUUAUCAUUCCAUGUCAUUAGUAUUCUAGUAGUAUAAGUAAUGAAUUGCCUUAAAACUUAAAAGAACAUAAUAUAUUUAUUUUCAAAAUUGGAUACAAGGUAUCACUUAUUGAUGUCGCAUCACUUAAAUGUAAUUAUAACUGCUGCCGCUUCCAAAUCGCAUGUGUAGAAGAAGCGGCGGAACAAACUACACUGCAGAAUACUUUUGUUCAUUUGUUUAACUAUAAAAAUUUACAAAACACAGACUUAGUAAUUAAUGGACAUCUAAGAGGAAAUUAUAGAUAGUAAAAAAAAUAUACUUUUUUUGAUUAUGUAUUAUUGAAUUUGUAUUUUUUUAUUGAAGCUAUCGAUAUUGUAAAUGAUUUCAUGAGAUCAACUAUCGAUAAUCAGCAACGGUUGGUAUAAGUAUACUUUAAAAUUCUACCUAAACAGCUAAGAGUUUAAAAAAUAAAAUAUAAUUUUAAAUUCUAAAUGAUUCUUGCUCCACAUAAAAAAAUGUUAUGAAAUAAAUAUUUGUUUUUGAUGAAAUUAAAAUAAAAAAAUAUAAAACAAAAAUUACACUUAAAAAAAAAUAUUAUAAAAUAUUUGUUAGAAAUGUUUAUUUAUAUGACUAUACUAAAGUAUACUGUACUAACUUGGUUUGAUAAAUUACUAAAUGAAAUAAAAAAUUUUUUCAUUAAAUUUAAGUCAUUCGCAAAGUUAACUACAAUAUUUUCGCUCAUGGUGACAAAUGUAAUAGACGUAAAUUAUCUUUAUUUACUGAAAAAGGUUAACAAUAGUGAUAAGUCUUUCUGUUGGAAAUAAGAUAAUAAUAUAUGGAUGUGUAAUAAUGUGUAAAUAGAGAAAUUAAAUAACAGAUGUCACAUGGAAUCAUUUUGCUAUUUACCCAUACUUACAUAUAUCAUAUAUAUGUAAAUCACGCCUUUAUCCCAGAGGGGUAGGCAGAGACGACAUCUGUCUACUUGCCACUAUCCUUGCAUACUCCUUUUGCGUCAUCCACACUCUUCAUGCAAGCUCGACGGUUUCGGUUACUCUUGACCUGACCUUUUGCCAAGACGUCCUUAUUUUGAUCAAGAUACGUUUACUUCCGAAAUAUAUAUAUAUAUAUUUUCAACAAAAAUACUUAUCACUUACCUAUAUUUCAGUACAUAAAGUAAUGGACUAUACCUUCUACUAAAUAUUUUGUUCUGUGAAUAGAAUGCAAUUUAUGCCCACAUUAUAAAGUUGGAAGUUUUUUUUUUCAACUAUAAUAAUGUUAAUCGUGUUGGCCGAAUAAGUCAAUCGAUUAUGCACACCCGAGUCCCAGAGUUCCUAAAUUACUCUCCUAUUUUAAAUAGUCGUCACUGGCCCUACAAGGAAGCCUUGAAAAGUGACUUUGGAUAAAGUUUUCUAUCGAAUCGGUCAUUACGGGUUUUUGGACAAUUGGACCAUUUAAAUUAUUGAUAUUUUAAUUAUUAAACGUCCCCUAAAAGACUAUAUAGUCGUAAAAUUUAUGCCUUAAAAGACUGGAAGUGGCCGGCACCAGCGACCGUGUCCGCGUGGACUUUAACUAUAGAAUUCAUCAUCAUCAUCAUCAUAAAAUCACGCCUCUUUCCCGGAGGGGUAGGCAGAGACUACCUCUUUUCACUUGCCACGAUCUCUGCAUACUUCCUUCGCUUCAUCCACAUUAACUCUCUUCAUGCAAGCUUGGCGGUUUCGGGUACUUUUGAUCUGACCCUUUAACUAUGGAGUUUAUCGCAAUAAAUGUAUCAUCCAUUGUCGUUUGUCCCUGGAGAGGAGCCCAGGGUCCGCCUUGCCUUCCAUCUAGGAUUAAGUAAGGGUAACUUGGCUUUAUAAGAAGCGAGUCCCGUCUGAGCUCGGUAUAAACAAGAGGGGAACAUGACCCAAGUAGGUUUCCUCACGAUUAAAGAACUACUACGCUUCUAAAUCACCUCGGCAAUAUUCGUAACCUGCCGCCGAAUCGAACCUAACCGAAUGAGAACACAAUGAAUUAACGACCUUAUUGCAAGCGUGUUGAACUUAAAAUCCUUAAACAAAAUGUCUCCCGCUAUCACAUUCGUAAUAUCACAAUUCAGUUCCAAUGGCGCGCUCUGAUUGGUUCUGAUCCGCUCAAAUAUUUUCGCGCCAUACAAUAACUUCGGAGGUGUAACAUAUAGAAGUGAUACUGUACCUGUUUUCAUAGUACCGAGCAUCUAUUUAGACCAUCACUAAACCAAGUAUUAAGUUGUCAAACGCAGAAGCUACACAGAAACACAAAGAUCUGUUCUUUUUUCGUGUCACGAUUUUUUUUUUUAUUUGUAUGAAAAAAAUAUUUUACGUAUAUUUUUUUCCUUAUAUAACAUUUUGUUUUGUAUUUUUAAAAUGUAUUAGAAACAUUCCGAUUAAUUUUUGUUUUAAAUUAUUGUCCUAUAUUUUUAAUUUUUUUUUUACAGCAAAUAAUGAAUGAUGUCUUGUUGUUUUUUCUCUUGCCACUUUUUACAAAAUUCGAAAGGAUUGCAUUAAAAAGUAUGAAAUGUAAUAUGUAUAUGUUUAUGCUCUAAGAUUAUAUUGUUUAUAUCUUAGAUGACGGAAAAUUUACAAUAAGGUUUUUAAAGUUACUUUUUGUACUUGUACUUGUAGUU